AUGAAUGUCCAACCUGCAACUCAGAGAUGCUAUUUGAUACACUUCUACAGGGACGUUUUCGGAGAGCCACAGAACUUCUCAAGCGGUGGACCUCUAGCUAGCGGAUCGGAAAACCUCUGCGGCCCCCACCCGAUGGAAGUUCAAGCCGGUCAGGGAGGCAUUCUGACGCGGCGGAUGAAGCACUUGGACGUCGUCGUUCGUAAUACCACCAUCAGAGACAGAGAUGUUCUAGCUUUGGAAUGUACAAACAUGCGUCAAAUUCCUCACAGCUUCGUGCCCGGAGACCUUAGUGGGGUCCGUAACGGCAAAUCGGACCCAAGGAUCCCCACACUUCCCGGGAGCUAA